AUGGACUAUUCGGACCCUAACGCAUUUACCCUGCCCUACCAACUGACCAAGCAAGUCCGCCGUGAUGUCUAUCCACUGUUAGAGCCAACCCAGCCAGAGCUGUCGGCGAAAGGAAAGACGGUGCUCAUCACCGGCGUUUCUGGGGGCAUAGGCAAGGUCAUCGCUGAAUCGUGGGCCACCGCGGGAGCUUCUGGCAUCGUGAUUACCGGGCGCAAUGUCGAUGUGCUUGAGAGCGUCGCCACACGGCUCCAGAGUCUUGUUCCGCCCGGCACCAAAGUCCUCGCCCAGGCGGCCGACAUCACCAGCGAAGACUCGGUCGCGGCGCUCUUCGCGGCCGCCAAGGAGGCGGUCGGAAAGGUUGACGUGCUAAUCAACAGCGCGGGCAGUUUGGAAGGGGGUGCGGUGGGCGGCGCCGAUCCCACGAAAUUCUUCAAUGAUUUCCAGGUCAACGUGCUGGGGUCGUACCUAGUGACGCACCACUUCCUCGCCCAGGCAGACGGGGUCGGCACCGUCGUCAGCUUCACGACGGGCGCCAUCGCCAACGUUUUCCCCGGUAUGGGGGGCUACACGGCGUCCAAGUUGGCCCUUGUCCGCAUUAUGGAAAACCUGCACGUCGAACAGCCGAACAUCCGCGUUUUCAUGCUGAUUCCGGGAAUCGUCCAGACUGGGAUGACGGUCGACUCCUUGAAGCCGUAUGCCAAGGACAGCCCCGGUCUUAGUGGUAGCUGGACACUCUUCCUGUCUACUCCGCGCGCCGAAUGGAUGCGCGGCGGCAUAGUCAGCGUAAACUGUGAGUCCGCCUUCUAG